AUGUUCCAACAGAUCUGGUGGCUGGAUCCGGAGCUAACUUAUGGCAACGCCAAGCCAUUUGUCUUCACCCAGGGCCACUCAGUGUGUAACCGGUCCUUCUUUCCAUGCUUUGACACGCCAGCAGUGAAAUGUACCUAUUCAGCUACUGUCAAGGCUCCUGCCGGUAUCCAGGUGUUGAUGAGCGCCACCCAAAGUACCUACUCAGAACAGGAGGGUGUAUACCAGUUUUACAUGGAGUACCCAGUUCCUGCCUAUCUGGUGGCUUUGGUGGCAGGGGACCUUAUACCUGCAGACAUAGGUCCCAGGAGCAGAGUGUGGGCAGAACCUUGCCUGCUGCCAGCAGCCAUCAGCAAGCUGUCUGGUAUGGUGGAGCGCUGGCUGAGUGCUGCAGAAAGCCUAUAUGGCCCCUAUAUAUGGGGAAGGUAUGAUAUUGUUUUUCUUCCUCCGUCCUUCCCCAUUGUCGCCAUGGAGAACCCAUGCCUGACCUUCAUCAUUUCUUCCAUUCUGGAGAGUGAUGAAUUCCUCAUUAUCGAUGUCAUCCAUGAGGUUGCCCACAGCUGGUUUGGCAAUGCGGUCACCAACGCCACGUGGGAGGAGAUGUGGUUAAGUGAGGGGCUAGCCACGUAUGCACAGCGACGGAUCACCACCGAGACCUAUGGUGCUGCCUUCACCUGCUUGGAAACUGCCUUCCGUCUUGACGCCCUCCACAGACAGAUGAAGCUCCUUGGAGAAGACAACCCUGUCAGCAAGCUUCAGGUGAAGCUGGAGCCAGGAGUGAAUCCUAGUAAUUUGAUGAACCUGUUCACCUAUGAGAAAGGCUACUGCUUCGUUCACUACCUGUCGCAGCUCUGUGGAGACCCCAAACACUUUGACUCCUUCCUUAGAGCCUACAUUGAGAAAUACAAAUUUACUAGUGUUGUGGCCCAGGAUCUUCUGGACUCUUUCCUGAAUUUUUUCCCAGAGCUGAAAGAGCAGUGCGUUGAGAGAAAAGAAGAAGCAGUCCCGAAAAGCCAAGCCAGCUGCAGAGACUCCUGCUCGACAUUUUUGAUGCUCCUCAUUCCAGGACUGGAGUUUGAACGUUGGCUCAAUGCUACAGGACCUCCAUUAGCUGAGCCAGACUUAUCUCAGGGAUCCAGUCUGACCAGACCAGUGGAGACACUCUACAGCCUCUGGACCACUGAGCCUCUGGAUGCUGUUGCUGCCGCCAGCAGUGUUGACAUCACAAAAUGGAGGACAUUCCAAACCGUGCUUUUCUUGGACAGAUUGCUGGAUGGGUCACCACUGCCCCAUGAGGUGAUAAAAAAGCUUUCAGAAAGUUACUCCUCCCAGCUGGAUUCCAUGAAUGCAGAGAUCCGGAUCCGCUGGCUGCAGAUUGUAGUCCGAAACGACUACUACCCCGAUCUUUACAAAGUCCGAUGCUUCUUGGAAAACCAGAGGUCUCGGAUGUACACAAUUCCGCUGUAUGAGGACCUCUGCACUGGCACUCUGAAGUCCUUUGCCUUAGAAGUUUUCUACCAGACCCAAAACCAGCUGCACCCCAACUUGAGGAAAACCAUCCAGCAGAUCUUGUCACAGGGCUUGAAUCCCCUUCCCACCAUAGACGCUACAGCAGUCGCCACAGACACGCCAGCCAUGGUGCUUGAGGACAAAGCCUCAGAGGCCACUAAUGGUGCCAUUUCACUCAGGGAUGUUAACGUGUCUGCCUAGAUCACCAGCUCACGUCGGGCUUGAAGCUUGAGGAGGGGGACAGGAACAGAGUUAAAAUAUCAAGUGCCGCCUCCUUUCCCUCAGCCCUGCUGCUGCAGUUUGUUUGCAACUGGAUUUCUUGAAAAUCCCCAAACACAACGCAAACGUGCCUUCAAGUACCUGCCACAGUAACACUGCCAGGUUUCAGGGAUCUCAUCCAGCUAUGAGCAGACACUAGUGGGUGGGUGUUUGGAUUCGGUGCAUGGUGGAGUUGUUUCCCCACUGCAGGUGGACGGUUCCACUGCCUGGGGCCCUUCAUGGGUGGUUUUUGUGGGGGUGUUUUUUUAGCCCGAGGUGACAUAGCGCUUGCUGUGUAUUUGUAGCUGGGGAGGAGCGUAUGUCAAAAAUCAGGCUGAUGGAGACUUUGGCCAGAGGCCUAAGAAGGAAAGGACUACUUUGAAGAACUUAAAGUGAGAGCAAAUAUGUUUUUACCACGUGCUCCUUACUGUGACAGAAAUGUGUGAUUUGAGAGGUGGGGAAUUUAAUGUUCGGAUAACUGGGAAUCCAGUUGAGCACAACACCCGGGUUUCUCUGCGGAGAGGAUGGAAACCUCGUGAAGGAUUUAAAAUCCUACCUUAAUCCAGCCCUACCCUGAGUCUUCCCUUUGCACUGAUUAAGACUGACAAAGAGCAGACACUUAGAUUGGGAUUUUCAGAUGGGUCUAAUGAAGUAUUGUUGCCCAAAUUUCAUUGACUUUUAAUGGAAGUUGGGAUUCCUGAAUCUUAGUUUUUUUGGUAAGUUCAGCCACAAUCCUCAGUCUUGUCCUGGGAUGCACAGCAAAAGAGUCCCCCAGAUGGCCUGUGCUCUGUCCAUCUGGGCUCUUUGGGAAUAAGAAAUAGGACCUUUUGUUUAAUUUUUAAAAAUCCCCUGUCUGUGCUGGAUCUGCAGAGAUGGCUGCCAGGAUAAAAUCUCCAUUCUGCAUUUCCCUUGGUCUGAUGACAGUUGCCCCAUACGAGGGAGCCUCCUUUCGCAGAAUGUGAAGCUAUUCAGCUGGCAGCUGCUAGAGCCUGAUCUCUUCUAAUCAUGUCCAUACCCUGCCUCCUGAAGACAUAGAAGUGCCAGAGCGUUGGCUGCUGGCAUCACUGGCCCAGGCAGGCAUAGCGUAGAAAAAGAGAGUCCCUCCACUAUGCAUUCCCUGAGGCCUCAGCAGGAGGAUUGGCAAAGCAUGAUUGAUAGUUGUACAUCAGAAAUAAAUGGAAUUUCUAAUGCAACCCCUACAAAGGACACAAUGCAAGCAAUGCAAUUCAAAGUCUAAAGAACCUCUGCUGUCCUAAAACACGGACCGUCUUGGCGUCUCUCUGAUGACUCCCUAAAGGCAUUUUGGAGUUUCUACCACGGUAGAAAAGAACUGAACUGAACGCAAGGUAAAACCUUUAGGGUAGUUUUAGCAAAGGGGAAACCAAGUGACAAGCUGUCCUAUUCUUUGUUGGAAGAUGGUGGUGCUGCUAUGAAGGUGUACAUAGCACAGGAGAGGAAACUUGGGAGGUAUUUCACCGAACAGAGUUUGUUUACACCCACAUCCAGAUGGGGAUUUAGGUGCUGUUACUGGAUCUGCUCUUCUGGCUUUAAAUUAAUAUGGAUUUCACAUUAGCCUUAGCCUGGGAACAAACUGAGAUAAAGCAAUAAUAAACUCAGGACUCCACAGCACUUCAGUAAUUUCCAAAGUGCACCAGCAGCAUCAUGGGAGCUUGAGAACUCCACUUUUUCCUCUUUUAAUGAGAUUAACAUUUUUCUUUUUCCAGUGGGAAUGGGGGAAGGCGGAAAUGGUGUUUUCCAGAUAAUUUCCUUUCCUUUUCUUCAUCAUUGCUUUGUGAUGGAUUUGUGCAAAUUGACCUUUGACCUUUCUGCUUCCUUUACUGCCUCUGCUGGCACCACUGCCAGCAGUGCCAGCCUGGCUACGACCAGUAACCACUAGCCUUGUAUGGACCCCCAGGCCUCUGUUUUAUCACAUUUUACUUUAUGGGAGAAUGUAUAUGAUCCUGGUGGAAAUUUUUAAUUUACGUUGAUGCCUUACGUUGAUUGUCAGAUUAAACUAAGCUUUGUGACACA